UGGCAUAUCGUCACUGAGGUGCAGAGGCGCAUCUUAGAGCACGCACCUCUUCUUACAACUUCUGCGCAUUAGAAUCCUUCAAAUCGACGCGUUUACUGGCUUAGUCAGCAUCCUGAUCCCAUCGCACACCUCCUCCUACCACCUACACAGUCAACAGUACGCGGAGUCGAACUCUUCAUACACGACGCGCGCAUACAAAUCGGGACACAUAAUCAUGGUCGCACCUACAGUUACCCUCACGCAUCUGAACCGCGCCGACGGCUCUGCGACAUACACCCACAAUGGCUACUCAAUCAUUGGCGCAGUCAAUGGCCCAAUUGAAGUACAGCGGCGCGACGAAUUACCCGAGGAAGCAGCGAUCGAGGUGAACGUCAGACCCGCUAUGGGUGUUGGAAGCCCGAGAGAAAGACAUCUCGAAACCCUCGUACACAACACACUGCGUAGCAUCAUUCUGACCCGAGCGAUACCACGAACACUUGUACAAAUCACACUCCAAGUCAGGAGUUUACCGGAAGAAGAUAGCACAGCCGGCGUCAACACUUCUCUGACCCUCCUCCCACACCUUCUCCACACCGCACUCCUCGCCCUCCUCUCCGCAUCAAUACCCCUCUGCACAGUCCUCACUUCCGUAAUGAUCGCGCAACCCGCCUCUCCAUCUACGAACUCCUUCCCACCCCUACUCUCGCCCACCGGGAACGAACUACUACGCGCGAAGCCUAUACGAUCUGUACAUGUCUUCGCAUUCGGUGGUGACAGGAAGAUGUUGCUGAGCGAAAGCGAGGGAAAAUUCAGCUACGAGGAGUGGAAUGAGGCCUGUGAAAUGGCAGAGGAUGCAUGCUGCGGAGAGGAAGACGAAGAGGAGGAGGGAGGUGUGCGGUUGGAGGCUGAAGGCGAGGCUAUGGACGUCGACGCACAGGUCGAGGGAGAGAAUUUGGAGAAGUGGUUGAGGAGUGUGGUAAGGAGGAAGGUAGAAUAUGAGCAGCGGUGGAAGAGCGCUACCUGAAGUCUGGUCGCAGGUAUGCAGAUACGAUGACGAUUGCAAGACGGAGGCUGAGGCCCUCGCGCUUGGAAUCCUCAUUAGCCAGCGUGGCAGGAGUGAGACAACACCAGUGACUCCAGAGUAUGGUCAUACAUCCCAGAGAGGCCAUCACUAAGCGCCUCACUUUCUUUGGCUUCGAGGUUACUCAGAGUUGCCAAGCCGCUGUGAGUCUGGAGCUGAGCACAGUGUGUCCAGGUAUCAUAACGCGAACAUGAGUCUGCGUAAUUUGAACGCAGCGUUGCAUCAGCCAUAGAUGACGGCACAAAAUCCAAGGCCAAAUCAACGCUGGAAGCACUAGUUCGACAAGCAACGAUUUCUUUGCGGUGAUGUGUGCGUGACUCAAGAGUAUGAAACAGGUGUGACGAGUUGCGUUGGUGAGAAGUGGUGACUGGUGCGAAUGGCGAGCUUUGU